AUGGAGUUUCCUCAAUUCAGCCAGUUCGCGCCAGAGCUGCGGGCAAAGAUUUGGAGAAUGACGAUCGAGCCGCGCGAAGUCGUUGUCGACUGGCACCCAAAGCGUCAUGACACCAAAUCACCCUUUGAGCGUCCUUUUAUCGCCAAUAUGCCUCCCGCAUUUCAAGUCUGCCGAGAAUCACGCGCUACUGUCCAGGGCCUUCACCAGCAAGUCUUUUGCGACCCGUCACAGUCUCCCGAAGGCCGGUACGCAUGGGUCAACUUUGCCUUGGACUCUAUCCAACUUCACCAAGCGGCGAUACAACUACUUGCCAGGGAUAUGAAGCACUUAACUAUCCGGCAUCUCAUCGUCGAGUGUACUGAUGUGAUGCACUUUUAUGGCUCGCAUCUCAGUCUGGGCCACGGCCAGCACAUUGUUUUCCUUCGAAAUCUCCAGUCGGUGACCAUCUUAAUGGGGGAGACCAUACAAAAGAGGACCCUCUCGUCUGCAUACGGCUUCGCUGAGAUGAUGUUGAGAUCGUACUACUCGACCUGUAAGCUUGUGCGCUUCGAGACGCGCAUUCUGUUUCCGGGGAUGGGGACCCUUCACAAAGACAACGCCUUCGAACUACCGUUCAUACUUUUCGGGUCAUGGGGCCUGCCUCCUGAGAAUGCAGAAGAUGCUCUACACCUGAAAGAUUUGCGUGGGAAAGAUAGUUUCGCGUGGGUUCAUGCCGACUGCCAGUGUACCGCGGCGGCAGAGACGCGGCCUGCCAAAUUCCCUCGAUUUCGGAUGACGGCCGACUGGGACACGCAUGAGCAAGAAUUGAUAAAGAAAAACUUGCUUUGGGCAAAUUUGGACGUCUUUACCUGA